UCAUUUCAUAUUCAAGGUGCGGCUUCACUCAACAGGUGUCUCGAGUCCGGCCAUCCGUAACGUCUCUAACGGAUCUUAUAACGUUCUUUUUGAAGACAAAUAUUUUAAUUUUUCUAAUACAUUUAACGUCGGAGGAUUACGAAAACCGAGCUCAUUCGGAGAAGCAUUAUAGUUCUUUGCUGAACAGCUGCUUUCAGAUAUAGUUUUUUAAGUUACUUGUGAGAAGAUGGCAAAUAAAGGUCUGCAGCUCCUGGGAUUUAUGCUAUCGCUACUGGGUUUGAUUGGACUCAUUGUUGGCACAAUCUUACCCCAAUGGAAGAUGUCUGCGUACGUUGGAGACAAUAUUAUCACAGCGAUAGCGAUGUAUCAAGGUCUUUGGAUGUCUUGCGCUUUCCAGAGCACCGGACAAAUGCAGUGCAAGGUGUACGACUCUAUCCUACAACUCGAUGGUGCUCUCCAGGCAACUCGCGCCUUGAUGAUUGUCGCGAUCCUUCUCACAGUAGCAGGCCUGGGUGUAGCCAGCAUGGGCAUGAAGUGUACUAACUGUGGUGGUAAUGACAAGGUCAAAAAGGCCCGCAUUGCCAUGACAGGCGGUAUAAUCCUCAUUGUUGGAGCCCUCUGCAGCAUUGUCGCCUGUGGCUGGUUUACUAAUCAAAUUGUCCGGGACUUCUACAACCCCUUCACACCUGUCAAUACGAAGUAUGAAUUUGGUGCGGCUAUUUUCAUUGCCUGGGCAGGUGCAUUCCUGGACAUAAUGGGUGGAGGCAUGUUGGCUGCCUCCUGCCCAAAGGGUAAACCAUCUCCCAGGUACCCCAAGUCCUCCAAAGCCCCCAGCAGCAGCGGCAGGGAGUACGUCUGAAACAUGCCAGUUGUUCACAAGCUGAAGAAGAUCAUAAUGAAUCGCAGCGCAUCUGUAGAAGUUUCCCUAUUCAGCUGAUCUUAGAUCUGUUUAGAUUUUAAUUUCUUUUGUUGUGUUUGACUUGGAAUAGAACAAAGAGCUAAGAUCAGUGUCCUUGGGAACAUUUUACCUGAUAGCAGCCCACGUCAGAAAAGAAGUAAUUUGCAUUUUCUUUCUUUUGAUAAACAACUAGUCUGUUUUUUCCACUUAUAAAUCAUCUUACUCGUGAGAGUUUGGAAAGAGGGGUGUUCUUCCCCAGUGUGUUCCUCAUUUCAUAAGACUGCCAUGUUUAGUGAACCUGAAAGAAAGAGGCAUGCUCAGGGAAAAAUCGUCUCUCAUACCGCUGAUUAUUAACACUGAAUCUCUACUGUAAAGCCAUGUCCUGACCUCAUCUGCCUUGCUUUCUUUGUGCAUACACAUUUGAUUUGUGCUUUACACUGAGGUGCAGGAGAACAACUUAAAUAUAAAUGUUUUUUUUUUUUUUUUUAAGAUCCAAUGCCAACAUGCUGAAUAGUUUGUUUUAUAGAGCCACAUUAUCAUUAUAUAUAUAUAUUUUUUUUUUUUUUUUUGAUCAAAGGAAGGACUUAUUUAUGCAUAGUGAAACCUUUCAGUUGUUUUUAUGCUUCGGCUCCUCUGUGUCCUCAUUAUUAUGAAGCUAAUGUUACACAUCUUUUGACAUUCCUUUUAUUGUUUUAUUCACACCAUUUAUUGGUCAAGAGAAAAGGCUGUAGAUAUUUGUUCACUUAUCACAGCUGGUUACAAUCCAAGGGUCAUGUGAAUAAUUUGUUUUUUUUAUGCCCUUCUACAACAAUGUGUCUUUUUGCUCGGACCACUUGAGGUGGGUUGCCCUCAAGUCUAUUUAGAAUAGUUGUAUUAUAUUUGUAACCAGCUUAUGCAAAUAUUUAACUUUUUAAAAAUGUUUUUGACUGUUCAGCUUGCAAUACAAGAAAUGCAAUGUAAAUAAAUUUUUUAAAACAAGA